AUGUCUGAAGAGGUAGUUCCACUUGGAAAUAUUGUGUCCAAUCUCCUAUACUGCCAACCCAGUGGUCAAAAGGCCGAUGGUCACCAUCCUCGUGCGAAUGAUUCCCCGGAUAUCAGGAUGCGCGCCGUGCUACCUGAACCGCAGACCGCCGCGCAGCCUGCCUUGACUGCAAUGAUGGACACAGGUGCAAAUCCUAGUCAACAAGCGGACUCUGAGGGCGGCGAAUCCCCAGUAUCAGCCAUUCACGGCAAUAUUGACACGUCAACACGUUUGAAGGCAAACAUCAUGUAUGGGGCUCUCCUGUACAGCAUGCUGCUUUCUGGGUGGAACGAUGGUACCACGGGCCCCCUAUUGCCGCGGAUACAAGCAGUAUACCACAUCGGUUUCGCUGUUGUCUCCCUCAUAUUCGUACUGAACUUCCUUGGCUUCCUGCUGGCCGCAUCCUUGAACGUAUACCUUACUGACCGCUUCGGGUUCGGGAAGGUUUUGGUACUGGGGGCAAUUUCUCAGGUUAUCAGUUAUGCUAUCGAAGCCCCAGCACCGCCUUUCCCGGUCUUCAUUAUUGGGUACCUCAUUCAAGGGUUCGGUAUAUCUCUCCAGCUCGCGGCCUCAAACAGCUUUGUUGCCAGAUAUAGUGACAACGUUUCCACCAGGCUUGCUGUGCUGCACUCCUUCUAUGGCCUUGGAGCGUUAUCGUCCCCUCUGGUGGCAACACAGUUCUCGCAGUUGAGAUAUUGGUCCUUCCACUAUCUUGUCUCGUUAGGACUCGCGAUCGUGAACGUGGCGGUCCUCUCAUUCGUCUUUAAAUUCCGUACCCAGGACGCUUGCCUUACGGAAAUUGGUCUCGCAUCACAGCUAGAGGAGGGAUCGAACGAGGGCAGUAGAAGCAAGUACAAACAGAUGAUGCACCUUCGCGGCUUCCAUCUCAUGGCGCUCUUCAUCCUCGUGUACGUUGGGACGGAGGUGACGCUCGGAGGAUGGAUCGUCACUUAUGUGGUCGACCUGCGCGGCGGAGGCCCGUCUUCCGGGUACAUAUCAUCGGGUUUCUUCGGAGGGCUCAUGGUUGGCCGUAUCGCCCUCCUUUGGAUCAACAAGUUGGUCGGAGAGAAGCGCGUUAUCUACCUCUACGGUGUACUCGCCAUCGGGCUCGAGAUCGUCGUCUGGUUCGUUCCUUCGCUCGUGGGAGACGCCCUCGCCGUCUCAUUCGUUGGCAUGCUGCUGGGCCCAAUGUAUCCACUCGUCAUGAACCACGCGCGACACGUCCUCCCCCCUUGGCUUCUCAACGGAUGCAUUGGAUGGAUCGCAGGGUUCGGGCAGGCGGGAUCUGCGCUCCUGCCGCUCCUCACGGGCCUGCUCGCGUCGAAGGUCGGCAUCAAGGUCUUGCAGCCUCUGGUUGUUUCGAUGAUGGGCUUGAUGGUUGGAGUGUGGGCCCUUGUUCCCAACACGCCUCGUCGGCACGAGUAG